UACGUAGCCUUCGCCUCCCUCUUCUUCAUCCUCAUCUCCAUCACCACCUUCUGCCUGGAGACCCACGAAGCCUUCAACCGAGUCAUCAACAAAACCGAACCCUCCCCGGGGGGUCCCAACAGCACCGGGGAGGAGGGGACCCCCCCUCGGGUGGCCGUGGAGGUGGAGACCGAGCCCUUCCUCACCUACGUGGAGGGCACGUGCGUGGUGUGGUUCACGGUCAGCUUCUGCCCCGACAAGCGGGACUUCGUCAAGAGCAGCCUCAACAUCAUCGACUUCGUGGCCAUCCUGCCCUUCUACCUGGAGGUGGGGCUCAGGGGCCUCUCCUCCAAGGCGGCCAAGGACGUCCUGGGUUUCCUCAGGGUGGUUCGUUUCGUCCGCAUCCUGCGCAUCUUCAAACUCACCCGGCACUUCGUGGGGCUGAGGGUGCUGGGCCACACCCUGCGGGCCAGCACCAACGAGUUCCUCCUCCUCGUCAUCUUCCUCGCCUUGGGCGUCCUCAUCUUCGCCACCAUGAUCUACUACGCCGAGGUCACCAUGACCACCCUGGGCUACGGGGACAUGUACCCCAUGACCUGGUCGGGGAUGCUGGUGGGGGCUCUGUGCGCCCUGGCCGGGGUCCUCACCAUCGCCAUGCCCGUGCCCGUCAUCGUCAACAACUUCGGCAUGUACUACUCCCUGGCCAUGGCCAAGCAGAAGCUGCCCAAGAAGAAAAACAAACACAUCCCCAGACCCCCCCGACCCGGUUCUCCCGGCUACGGAUCCCCCAAUUUG